AUGUACGACUCAACCUCGAAGGAAUUCCAGCAGAAGAUGAGCUACUGGACCAAGAACACACCACUAGCUGCAAUCAGAUCGGAUGUGGAUCGCAAGGACCUUGUGGAGAACUCUGACGUGGCUGGAGGCCGACCAGCCUAUGACACCGAGAUCGCCGGUGUCAUCGCUAUGCUGUGCACUACGGAUAGUGCCUGGUGUACUGGAUCGACCAUUUGCGCGAACGGAGGGUUCAAGUUUAGUACAUGA